AGCGAACCAUACUGACUUCACCAGUUUCUUGAAAGAGAAGCAACAUGAAGAGCUACUGCAAGCUGUGCGUUCUGGUGGCGUUGGUGGUUUCUGUAAACACCAGCCCAAUACCACCACCUGCUGAUAAAGACGGAGAGAACAUCGCAGUGAAUUUCCUGACUCAGCUGUACGGCCUGUCACAGCAGACCGCUUCUGGGGCUAUGAAACGCUCCGGCGACAUGAGUCUGAGGUUGAAGGAGAUGCAGCAGUUCUAUGGACUCAAGGUCACAGGGAAGCUGAAUGAGGAGACGCUGGAUGUGAUGAAGAAGCCACGCUGCGGGGUUCCAGAUGUUGCAGCGUACUCCAUUUUUCCAGGGAACUACAAGUGGAAAAAACACGAUCUGACCUACAGGAUUGAGAACUACACCCCGGACAUGUCUGUAGCAGAGGUGGAUGAUUCGAUCAAAAGGGCCCUUCAAGUGUGGGCAGAUGUCACUCCUCUGAAAUUCACCCGUAUCCACACAGGCAUAGCUGACAUCAUGAUCUCCUUCGUUGUUGGAGAUCAUCAGGAUGGAUCGCCCUUUGAUGGACCAAAUGGUUUUCUGGCUCACGCUUUCGCUCCAUCUGAAGGCAUCGGUGGUGAUGCCCAUUUUGACGAUGACGAGACAUUCUUCUACAGGUCUACUCAAGGUUACAAUUUGUUCCUGGUCGCUGCCCAUGAGUUCGGACAUUCUCUAGGACUCGGUCAUUCCCAGGAUCCAGGUGCACUGAUGUAUCCCACCUACGUUUACAGAGACAUCGAUACCUUUGUCCUCCCUAAAGACGAUGUUAAUGGAAUCCAGUCUCUUUAUGGCCCAAACACGGAUGUCGACCCUAAUGAUCCAAAGCCCACACCACCUACAACCCCAGACAACUGCGAUCCCAAUCUGGUCCUGGAUGCUGUCACCAUGCUCCGUGGAGAGAUCAUGUUCUUCAAGGGAAGCUUCUUCUGGCGCAGUUAUCCUCUGAGUGCAACCGUUGAACAGCAUCUCAUCACAAGCUUCUGGCCCGAGAUUCCAAAUCAUAUCGAUGCCGCAUUCGAGAGUCCAUUAGAGGACAAAGUCUUCAUUAUCAAAGGUGAGAAGGUCUGGGCUCUCUAUGGCUAUGAUAUUGCACAAGGAUAUCCCAAGAGUCUCAGCAUGUUCCGUUUGCCGAAAAAAGUGAAGAAAGUCAAUGCCGUCCUCUACGACGAGACCAGCUACAAAAUCUUGUUUUUUGUUGACAACCAGAUUUAUAGUUAUGAUGAGGAAAAACGCAGAGUACAGAAAGGUUACCCAAAACCGGUGGAAAAAGUUUUCCCUGGAAUGACAGGGAAAGUGACCGCAGCCUUCCAGUUUAAAGGUUUCAACUACCUCUUCAGCGGAUCAAAGAUGUUUGAGUUUGGCGCCCACAACAAUAGACUGCUCCGUGUUCUCAGCAACAAUUAUUUCCUGCCCUGUUAGUCAGUUAAUGUUGAGUUAUUUGUUAAAGUUCAGCAAUGUACUUUCUGCAUGAAGGAGAUUCUGAACCGUCAGUAUUUUAAGUAAAUUAUUGAGUAAUAUAUUACAUUUCUAACUUAUACUUAUACUUAUAUAGAAAAGUACACAGUUUUAUAUCCUUUAAAGUAUUACAUGCAACAAAAGAACAGAAUAAAACAUGUCUGUGAUUAAUGCAAAUUCAAAAUAAAGAGUUUGAUGAAAAAUCA